GCAUCAGAAUCACAAAAACACCAAAUUUUCAGCUCAAAAUUUCAAUUGCUAAUGGAAAAAACAAUCCCAUUUCUUUCUUUUCUUUUCUUUUUUCUCCUGGCUAAGUAAAUGGCCAUAUAUUUUCUUCCAAAACCACCAUUUUUCUUGAAUCUUUUCUUAAUCAUGUUUCCUUGGAUGGUGAAAGCUUACAUGACAGAUGCAGAUGCAUUGCUUAGAAUCAAGCAAUCUUUGAACAAUCCCGAGCCUCUCGAUUCAUGGAAGUUAGGAACGAAUCCUUGCGAUGACUUGUUAACAUGGGUAGGUAUUGUUUGUAACAAAGGGAUUGUUACUAAUCUUCAUCUUAAAUCAAUGAGUCUUUCUGGUAAUCUAGAUUUAACAGCCCUUUCACAAAUGGCGGGUCUGCGGAUCAUUUCACUUGAAAACAAUUCUUUUUCAGGCCCUAUUCCGGGAUUCAAUAAACUUGGAUCAUUGAAGGCUCUUUACCUCUCGAUAAAUCAAUAUUCUGGCGAAAUCCCAUCGGAUUAUUUCACGGAUAUGACAUCUAUGAGAAAGAUAUGGUUUGAUGGCAACAAAUUCACGGGCAAAAUCCCGUCUUCAAUCGCAGAGCUCCCAAAUCUUGUGGAAUUACAUCUUGAAGAUAAUCAGUUUUCUGGUACAAUUCCCGCCAUUGGUCAAAGAAGUUUAAACUCGGUCAACCUUUCGUAUAAUAACUUGACAGGAGAAGUUCCACCAGGUUUGGCAAAAUUUGAUGCAUCUUCUUUUGAAGGGAAUCCCGGGCUUUGUGGUGCAAAGUUCGGUAAGAUGUGUGACAAGGUAAACCCGCGGACCCCUAAAUCAACCGAAAAAUCAUCUAAAAAGGCUCUACGGAUGGAAUAUAUAUUAAUGGCGGUAACUCUGUUAAUUCUUAUCUUAAUGAUUGUUGGAAUCUACAUUUUGAGAAAGAGGAGGAAACGUAACUCCGAGACAAUUGGGAUCAUGGAAGGUAAUCCUGAAGGUUCGGUUGGUUUAACUAUAUGUAAUAUCAGCAAACCUGAAGCUAUUCCGGGCCAAAAUGGUUUUGGAACGGGUCAGAAGACGUUGAUGGCUAGAAAGAAGUCGACGGGUGUUGAUCUAAUGUUGUUGAACAAUAGUAAAGGAGUAUUCAGAUUAUCAGAUGUGAUGAAAGCAGCUGCAGAAGUGCUUGGAAAUGGAAUGCUGGGGUCAUCGUACAAAGCCACAAUGUCGAAUGGGGUGGUUGUGGUGGUUAAACGGCUAAAAGAAAUGAAUUUGGUGGAUAAAAACGGGUUUGAAGCUGAGAUGAUGAGGCUAGGAAGACUCAAUCACCCGAAUAUCUUGACACCACUUGCUUGUCAUUACCGCAAAGAGGAAAAACUCGUGAUUUAUGAUUACAUUCCCGGUGGCAGUCUACUUUAUAUAUUGCACGGUGAUCAGGGAAAGAGGCACGCAGAGCUCAAAUGGCACACUCGCUUAAAAAUCAUCAAAGGAAUCGCACAAGGAUUAGCCUAUCUACACACCGAGCUAGCAAAUCUAAACUUACCUCACGGAAACCUGAAGUCAAGCAACGUCCUCCUAAACCCUAACUUCCAGCCACUACUCGUAGACUUCGGUAUGAGCCACAUGAUCAACACGAAUCAAGCAGCAAACGCGUUAACCGCCUACAAAGCACCCGAAGCAGCUAAAACUCACCAACUAUCACACAAAUCCGACGUUUAUUGUCUCGGAAUCAUCAUUCUAGAAGUCCUAACAGGUAAAUAUCCAUCACAAUACGUUAACAACAACCAAGGCGGUACAGAUCUAGUACAAUGGAUCAAAUCAGCGAUGUACGAACAACGAGAGGUAGAACUAUUAGAUCCGGAUAUCACCGGAUCGAGUAAAUACAUAGGAGAAAUGAAAAAACUGCUACAGAUCGGUGCGAAUUGCACCGAAAGUGAUCCAGAAGCUCGGUUAGGGCUUCCGGAAGUGGUUAAUAGCAUCGAGAAUAUUCAAGGUGGAGAUGAGAAAACGAUUGCGAUGUUUUCUUCGUUUGAAGACGGUUACGAUGAUGCAGCGAGUACGAUAACGGAUUCUUCUUACGUAUCGAUGGUAGGUGAAUCGAGAGUUAAUAAUAGUGAACAGGUUCAACGGAAUAAUGCGGUUACGUGA